AUGACCGUCUCGUUUCUACGGAUCGAGAUUCAAAAUUGUUCUGCCGGAAUUUUGAGAUUUCUCCCACGGAACCCAGAUUUAUUCGCAGCUAUAAAGCCUUCUUCUGCUUUAGCAUCUUUAUAUUCGACUGUUUCUGGGCAAAUCGAAGAAAACCCGAAGAGAUACGAGCACCACAAUGUUGCUACAUGUAUCGCCACAUUGCAACGCUGUGCACAGCGCAAAGAUUACGUUUCCGGCCAACAGAUCCACGGUUUCAUGGUUAGAAAAGGGUUUCUGGAUGAUUCGCCACGCGCCGGCACGAGCCUCGUUAACAUGUACGCUAAGUGUGGUCUCAUGCGGCGUGCGGUGUUGGUCUUUGGUGGAUCCGAACGCGAUGUAUUUGGUUACAACGCUUUGAUUUCUGGGUUUGUGGUAAAUGGGUCUCCUUUGGAUGCGAUGGAGACGUACAGAGAAAUGAGAGCUAAUGGGAUUUUACCUGAUAAGUAUACAUUUCCUAGUUUGCUAAAAGGAAGCGAUGCUAUGGAGCUUUCUGAUGUUAAGAAGGUUCAUGGAUUGGCGUUUAAACUUGGGUUUGAUUCCGAUUGUUAUGUGGGGAGUGGCUUAGUUACUUCUUACUCGAAGUUCAUGUCAGUGGAGGAUGCUCAGAAGGUGUUCGAUGAAUUGCCUGAUAGAGAUGACAGUGUGCUUUGGAAUGCUUUAGUUAAUGGGUAUUCACAGAUUUUUAGAUUUGAGGAUGCUUUAUUAGUCUUUAGUAAAAUGCGUGAAGAAGGUGUAGGUGUGAGCAGGCAUACCAUUACAAGCGUCUUAUCAGCAUUUACUGUUUCAGGGGAUAUUGACAACGGUAGGUCAAUCCAUGGCCUUGCGGUGAAAACGGGAUCUGGUUCUGAUAUUGUUGUGUCAAAUGCAUUGAUUGAUAUGUAUGGGAAGAGUAAAUGGCUAGAAGAGGCAAACAGUAUAUUCGAAGCAAUGGAUGAGAGAGACCUGUUUACAUGGAACUCUGUUUUAUGUGUUCAUGACUACUGUGGUGAUCAUGAUGGAACAUUAGCUCUUUUCGAAAGGAUGCUUUGUUCUGGAAUCCGACCUGAUAUUGUUACAUUGACAACUGUUCUGCCCACCUGCGGUCGUCUAGCUUCACUGAGGCAGGGCAGAGAGAUUCAUGGGUACAUGAUCGUCAGUGGACUUCUAAACCGCAAAUCUAGUAAUGAAUUUAUACAUAAUUCUUUGAUGGAUAUGUACGUGAAAUGCGGGGACUUGAGGGACGCUCGGAUGGUUUUCGACUCAAUGAGGGUUAAAGACUCAGCUUCUUGGAAUAUUAUGAUUAAUGGCUAUGGUGUGCAGAGCUGCGGUGAGUUAGCUUUGGAUAUGUUUUCAUGUAUGUGCAGAGCCGGUGUCAAACCCGAUGAAAUCACAUUUGUUGGGUUGCUACAAGCGUGUAGCCACUCUGGUUUUUUGAACGAAGGGAGAAAUUUUUUGGCACAGAUGGAGACGGUAUAUAACAUUCUCCCAACAAGUGAUCACUACGCUUGUGUAAUAGACAUGCUUGGCCGUGCAGACAAGCUAGAGGAAGCAUAUGAGUUAGCAAUAUCAAAGCCCAUUUGCGAUAAUCCUGUAGUCUGGCGGUCAAUAUUGUCAUCUUGUCGUCUCCACGGGAACAAAGAUCUCGCACUGGUGGCAGGAAAGCGGCUACAUGAGCUCGAGCCAGAGCAUUGUGGCGGUUAUGUAUUAAUGUCUAAUGUUUAUGUGGAAGCUGGGAAGUACGAGGAAGUGUUGGACGUUAGAGACGCAAUGAGACAACAGAAUGUGAAGAAGACACCAGGUUGCAGCUGGAUUGUGCUCAAGAACGGUGUUCACACGUUCUUUACCGGCAAUCAGACUCACCCGGAAUUUAAAUCUAUCCACGAUUGGUUAAGCCUAGUGAUUUCUCAUAUGCACGGUCAUGAGUAUAUGACGGUCGACGACUAAUUUAGGUAGACAUCAGAUAUGUUUGUAACCAUUGAGUAAUAAUUUACUAUUUCUGUUGUGCGAAAGACAAUAGUUUACGGACUAUAAAAAUCUACGAACCAACCACAUCUUAGGACUUGUAAAUUCUUUGGCCAUUGCUCUGUUUUAUUAGCCAAGAGGUCAAUUUGUACUAACAUCAACUUUUUUUUGUUGUUAUCCUUUCUUCUU